AUUCUUUAAAAACAAAAAUAAAAAACAACCCUCACCAUUUCUCUAAUUUACACUUCUAUGGCCAUCUCCUACUCCAACCUUCCCUCACUCACCUUUCCUUCCCCAAUUACCAAAAACCAGUUCCCAUUUCCCAUCAAAUCCCUCACUCUCAGCACCAAACCACCAAAACGCCGCCGUUUCGAAAUCCGCUUCUCAACGUCAAAGAACAACGAAUUCAGAGUCAGAGAGGUAGUCCAAACCCGCGUUGGUUUGGUUUUGCCUGGGGGUAGUUGGUGGAGUCUAGGCGAGGAUGAUGAUGAUGGCAAUGUAGAAAGUAGAACAAAGUCGGCGCCGGCGAAGCCAAUCACGGCGGUCUUCGCUCUUCGGCGAAUGUGGGAAUUGAUUUCCGGUGAUGGUAGAUGGGCCAUUUUUGUUGGUUUUGGCGCAUUGGUUAUAGCUGCGCUUUCAGAGAUAUCAAUACCAAGUGUAUUGACAGCAUCAAUCUUUUCUGCACAGAAUGGCAAAACUGUGGUGUUCUGUAGGAACUCACAGUUCUUACUUAUCUUGUGUGUCACAUCAGGGAUAUGCAGUGGCCUGCGGAGUGGCUGUUUCGCAAUUGCGAAUAUGAUCUUGGUCAUGCGUCUCAGGGAAACUCUAUAUUCAUCUAUUCUUUUUCAGGAUAUAUCCUUUUUCGACAGAGAAGCAGUUGGUGAUUUGACGAGCAGGCUUGGGGCAGAUUGUCAAAAACUGUCUCAUGUUAUUGGGAAUGAUGUUCAUCUGAUAUUACGCAAUGCUCUCCAGGGGACAGGUGCAUUGAUCAACCUGAUGACUUUAUCUUGGCCUCUUGCAUUAUCAGCAUUGGUUAUAUGCUUCAUUCUAUCUAUGAUUUUUCUGUUUUAUGGCCAGUACCAAAAGAGAGCUGCAAAGUUAAUCCAAGAGUACACUGCUGGUGCUAACGAAGUUGCACAAGAGACACUUUCUUUAAUGAGAACUGUCCGGAUUUGUGGAAAUGAAAGGAAAGAACUUGGAAGGUACAAGCAAUGGCUGGACAAAUUAGCUUUCGUAAACAUUCGAGAAAGUGUGGCUUAUGGAUUGUGGAAUAUGAGUUUCAAUACCCUAUAUCGUUCAACCCAGGUUAUUGCACUACUGUUAGGAGGAAUGUCAAUUUUGAGUGGUCAUGUGUCGCCUGAACAACUUACUAAGUAUGUAUUAUACUGUGAGUGGUUAAUUUAUGCAACUUGGAGGGUCACAGAUAAUUUAUCAUCACUACUACAGUCCGUUGGAGCAAGUGAAAAGGUCUUCCAGUUAAUAGAUCUCUUGCCUAGUGACCAAUUCUUAUCAAAAGGUGUGAAGUUGCAGAAGGUAAUGGGACAUAUUCAGUUUGUGAAUGUAACUUUUCACUAUCCUUCAAGGUUAACGGUGCCCAUUUUAGAACAUGUAAACUUCUCUGUGAAAGCAAAUGAAGUGGUUGCAAUUGUUGGUAUAAGUGGCAGUGGAAAAAGCACAUUAGUCAAUCUUUUGCUUCGUCUCUAUGAGCCAAGUAAUGGUCAGAUUUAUAUUGAUGGUUUCCCACUAAGAGAGUUGGAUAUCAGGUGGCUGAGAGAAAAAGUUGGAUUUGUUGGACAGGAACCUCAUCUCUUUCAUAUGGACAUCAAGUCAAAUAUUAGAUAUGGUUGCUCUAGACACUUUGAACAGAAAGAUAUAGAAUGGGCUGCGAAACAGGCCUAUGCUCACGAGUUCAUCUCAUCUCUACCCGAUGGUUAUGAAACUGUUGUUGAUGAUAAUUUACUCAGCGGGGGACAGAAGCAGCGAAUCGCUAUUGCUAGGGCCAUUCUUAGAGACCCUGCUAUUCUGAUCCUCGAUGAAGCCACCAGUGCUCUAGAUUCUGAAAGUGAACAUUAUGUUAAGGGAAUUAUUCAUGCAAUGGGAAAUGACAUCAAAGCCAAAAGAACUGUCAUUGUCAUAGCACAUAGGCUCUCUACAAUUAAAGCUGCUGACAGAAUCAUAGUACUGGACAGUGGUCGAGUUGUUGAGAUGGGUGACAACACAGAGCUCCUUCUCAAGGAUGGCUUGUAUGCACAUUUAUUUAAAAUUCAAACAGAUGCUCUGGCUUGAUUCAAGAUCGGGUUUUGACUGUACAUGUCUCACUUCCGAUUGGUAACGCAGCUUUGGUGGCUUCAUGUAUUUGUCCUUUGUUCAUCUAUGCUGCAAUUUUCAGAUAGGCUAAACUUAGGUCCCACUUCUUAGGUGUUGUUAUAUCUUAGGUUUCCCAAUUAAAUUCAAACACAUCACAAUAUCGAUCAAUGCAGCAUAAAAAACGAUUUUUUUUCCAUGGAUAAUCUGAUUCAAUGUAACCAUGUGUUUGAAUUUGAUUGA